AUGGUGGCCAUGCAGGUGACCACAGGUUACCUGAAUGGCUGCUUGAGGCUUCUCCCCUACACGCGUUGCUCCAGCGGGGUGAAAAUCAGUAACCUGCACAUCCUGGAUAUCACAUCAGAAGCGACUUCUGAAAACACCGCUAAAGUGAGGACUCCCAUCACUGCUGACAUCAAUGUGAAACUGCCUGGGUUGGGUGAGAUUGUUGAUUUGGCUCUCAGCUUGCUCCUCCAGUUUUGUGUCAGCGUUGAAACAGAUGAAGAGACUGGUGUCUCCCAGGUGGUCAUGGAAGAAUGCAAGAACAAUCAACACAGCAUCUCACUCACCUUGCUGGGCAGUCACACUGGUCUACUCAAUGAGGUUGUGGACUUUGCGAUCAACCUCCUGAAUGAAGUGUUGUCCCCGAUAACACACUAUGAGGUGUGCCCAGUAAUCCGCAGCCUCCCUGAAAGCCUGGAUGCUGAUCAUGUUAAGAACCACAUUGAUUGA